AUGCGGCGGGCGCAUGUACAUGCCGCGGCGGCGAAGAUUCGCAGUCUGGCCCGUCUUGAGCAGCUUCUCGACGCAGGCCAAGGCGUGAGCGAACGGGCGUACUCGGAAAUGCUGCACGAAGAGUAUUCCAGCGAAGAAGGAUUCAGCGACCUGAGUUUCACCACCAUUGCCGCGGCUGGGGCGAACGGGUCGAUUGUGCACUACAGUCAGGCUAGCGACGACGUUUUGCUUACCGACGGGGACCUGUUCCUAGUGGAUUCCGGGGCGCAGGUCAUGGGGGGAACGACGGACGACACGCGCACCGUCGUUGUCGGCUCGGGCACGGACCGCCAACGCCGACUGUACACCCUUGUCCUGCGCUGUCACAUCCAACUGGCGAGGCAGAAAUUUCCCGAAGGCACCAGCGGCGCGGCGCUGGACGCGGUGGCGCGUUCCCUGAUGUGGAACGCCGGUUUGGAUUACGGGCACGGCACCGGGCACGGCGUGGGCGCGUUUCUCAACGUCCAUGAGGGGCCGCAGCGCCUGUCGCCGCACGGCAGCGGCGAGGCGCUGAAGCCCGGCAUGGUGGUCUCCAACGAGCCCGGCUACUACGAAGAAGGCUGGGGCGGCAUCCGCCUGGAGAACCUGUACGUCGUGGUGCCUGAUGACGACAUGCCGCCGCACCCGUCCGGAAAGGGUUGGUUGCGGUUCGAGCCGCUGACGCUGAUCCCCUUCGACCAGCGCCUCAUCGACCAGGAACAGCUUUCCGCCGCCGAGGCCGCUUGGCUCGACCAGUAUCACGAGCGUGUCUUGCAAACGAUGGAACCGCUGCUGGCGUCGGAAUACCGCGCUUGGCUGCGGGAUGCCUGUGCACCGACGGCGUGA